CUGGUGGUGGCGCUGGCGGCGGCGGCGGCGGCGGCGGCGCUGGGCCGGGAGGCGGCCUUCGUGGAGGUGGUGCUCUUCGAGUCCAGCCCCGGCGGCGACUACACCACUUACACCACGGGGCUGCAGGGCCGCUUCUCCCGCGCCGGGGCCACGCUCAGCGCCGAGGGCGAGAUCGUGCAGAUGCAUCCAUUGGGACUCUGCAACAGCAAUGAUGAAGAAGACUUAUAUGAAUAUGGCUGGGUUGGAGUUGUGAAGCUGGAGCAGCCUGACCUGGAACCAAAACCCUGCCUCACUGUUCUGGGCAAGGCCAAGCGGGCAGUUCAAAGAGGAGCCACAGCUGUCAUUUUUGAUGUGUCCGAAAACCCAGAUGCCAUUGAUCAGCUGAAUCAGGGCUUGGAGGACCCAUUGAAAAGACCAGUUGUUUAUGUGAAGGGGGCAGAUGCAGUCAAGCUGAUGAACAUUGUUAACAAACAGAAAGUGGCGCGGGCCAGAAUCCAGCACCGUCCACCACCACAACCCACCGAAUACUUUGACAUGGGGAUUUUCCUUGCCUUUUUUGUGGUGGUCUCUCUGGUUUGCCUGGUUCUUCUCAUCAAGAUCAAAUUGAAGCAGCGUCGCAGCCAGAGCUCUAUGAACAGGCUGGCUGUGCAGGCGCUGGAAAAGAUGGAGACGUGGAAGUUCAAAUCCAAGCUGAAAGGGCCCUGCGAAGGCAGCUGCGGUGCCCUGGACACGCUCAGCAACGGCUCUGCCUCGGACUGCGCUAUUUGCUUGGAGAAGUACCUGGAUGGGGAGGAGCUGCGUGUGAUUCCCUGCACCCACCGGUUCCACAGGAAGUGUGUGGAUCCUUGGCUUCUGCAGCAUCACACUUGCCCCCACUGCCGUCACAACAUCAUUGAGCAAAAGAAGGGAAACGCCAGCCUGGUGUGUGAGGAGACGGCCAGCCAGUUACACAGCCGGCAGCAGCAGCAGCAGCAGCAGCAGCAGCAGCAGCGCAUGAUCCUGCCUGUCCACUUCCCUGGCCGAGCACACAGAGGUGGUCACGUCACCGCCUACCCCACGCGCACCAGCAUGGACCCUCACGGGAACCCCAUCACCGUCUUGACGGUUGAUCGGCAUGGAGAGGCCCCGGCCUUCUUACGGAGCUACCCGCCCAUCCUGCACCUGGAGCCUCACCUGGGCACAGCCGAACGCCAGCCCUGUACAAUGCCUCAUCCUUUCCAGAGGCCGAAGUUCAGCGGGGACCCUUUCUCCAAGCCGGCUUGCUUCUCCCAGUACGAGACCAUGUUUCAGCACUACUACUUCCAGGGCCUCAGUUACCCUGAGCCGCCACAGAGUGGACAGUUCCCCCUCCACGUGGCUGCCAAGGGCCUCCCCCGUGCCUUCCAGCCUCUCGGCAGCCACAGGCUCUUCCCCCCUGCGGUCCAUGUAGCCCCAUCCUCCCAGCCAGAGAGUGGCAGUGCUUCUGGCUUCAGCUGUUACCGUGGCCACCGCUCGAUCUGCAGCGGCUACUUGGCCGAUGGUCCUGGCAGUGACAGCAGUAGCAGUGGCGGUGGCCGCUCUGGCCGGUGCCACUGCUCCUCCAACGACUCCAUGGUGGACUGCACAGAGGUCAGCAACCAGGGGAUCUACGGGAGCUGCUCCACUUUCCGCAGCUCGCUGAGUAGCGACUACGACCCCUACAUCUACCGCAGCAAAAGCCCCUGCCGGAGCGGAGAAAAAAGCAGGGUCCUCCAUGGGGAGAUGAUGCUUCUGGAAGGUUCCUCUGCGCUGCACCUGGUGGCAGACAACAGCCAGUCUGGGCCAGCUGCUGCAGCAAGGGACCAGCUAUCUGACUGCAGCCUUGAAAUGAAUUACAGCAGUAGCAGCAGCAGUAGCCGCUCUUCGCUGGAGCAGAAGGAACAGGCCUGCACCCUCUCUGAGCGAGGAGGCCCACGGCUGCUCCCUGAGACCACUGGAGAGACAGGUCAGACUGGGAGGGAGCCUUGUGACCAAGCGUGUGGCUGCUGCUUGGAAGUACCUGCUGCCCCAAGGGAAUUGCCAAGUAGGGCAGCUGGUGGCGGCAGCACCAUGCUACUUCAGAGCACGCCACUUUGGACAGGGGGUGGCUCUUUGCGAGAGCCCCAGACAAGGAGAAGUCAGGGCAUGGUCAGCAUUAGGACACAGGGGGUCCCUCGUGAAGCCUUGCCCUGUUACUUCUACGAAGAGAAGCGGGUGGCCAGCAGUAGCCCCAUCUGGCCAGGCCGUUACACGGAAGACUGUGCGGUGAAUGUUCGGUAUGUGUGUGCAGAAGACCCCUUGCCGGGCUGCUAUCCGGGCCUGCGUGAGACGGGCCAGUGCAUUGCCAUUAUUCCCGAAGUCCAGGAUUCCGAGCUGGCCCUGCCAGUAGAUUGCUAUAGCGGCAGCAGCCCUUGGGAGACACCAUGUGGAACAACAGCCCCCAGCCAGGCCCAGGGGACGCCCAUGAAGGCAUUUGGCGAGCCAGGAGAGAUACGGCAAGAAGGGUCAUGCCCGCCCAUGGUGGGCUUCCCGCUGGAGGAGUCCUGCGGGCUCUUUUCCAGCCCUCCGCAAGGUUGUUUGGAGGCCGUGGCUGCUGGAGAAGGCCCUCAGACUUUGGUUUCCUAUGGAAACAGCCCUUCCGGCUGCUGCAGCCACAGCCACGUGGUUCCCUAA